AUGGAGAUGUAUUCCAACAACAGGCAAGGUUGGUCUUUUUUCUUCUAUCUCUGCAUGUGUGGGGCAAUAUGUGAGUCCUUCCACUAUUCAGUACCCGAGGAGAAGAAAACUGGGACUCUGGUAGCAAAUGUGCUAAAGGAUUUGAAAGUGGAUGUGAAGGAGCUUUCUGCUCGCAGGGCCCGGCUGGUUUCUGAAGGCACCAAGCCAUAUUUCCAGCUGGAUCCUCACUCUGGGGAUGUGAUUUUACAGGAUAGAAUAGACAGGGAAUCUCUGUGUGGUCAGAAGGACCCUUGUGUCUUACUCUCAGAGCUUGUGCUGGAAAACCCCUUGCAAGUGCACAGAAUAGAAGUUGAAAUAGAGGAUGUGAAUGAUAAUCCCCCCCAGUUCUCUAAAAAGGAAUAUCUUUUUGAAAUACUUGAGCACACACCAACAAAUACUCGAUUCCAUUUAGAAAAAGCUGAAGAUGCAGACAAAGGAAAAAAUACUGUUCAGAAUUAUUCAGUAAGUCCAAAUGACCAUUUUCAGCUGGAUGUGCAAAGCCACAGUGAUGGGAGCAAAUACGCAGAAUUAAUAUUACAGAAACAAUUAGAUCGUGAAGAAGAAAAACGUCUUUCCCUGAUUCUGUUGGCUGUUGAUGGAGGGAUACCUAAAAGAACAGGCACGGCACAAAUUAUUAUUGAAGUUUUGGAUUCAAAUGAUAAUGUUCCUCAUUUUGAUAAAAGUGAGUACAAAGUGAAAUUAAUGGAAAACAGUGAACCUGGUUCACUUGUAGCCAAAGUAGAAGCAGUUGACCAAGACUUGGGUUCUAAUGCAGAAAUCACUUAUUCCUUCAGCCAAGUGCCAGAUAAUAUAAAGAGAUUAUUCAAGUUAAAUAAAUAUACAGGGGAACUUACAGUAGCUGAUAGAAUUGAUUAUGAAACAAAUACAGUUUAUGAUUUGAGUAUCAAAGCCACGGAUGGAGGGGGGCUCUCUGCUUACUGCAAAGUCAUUGUGGAGGUUGAGGACAGAAAUGACAAUGCCCCAGAGGUGACCCUCACAUCCCUCACCAGCCCCCUGCCGGAAGAUGCUCCCCCGGAUACGGUGGUGGCCCUUUUCCGUGUCACAGAUCGAGACUCUGGAGAUGCUGGCAGAACUGCUUGCACUAUGGAGACAAACUUACCAUUCAUAUUGAAGGUGUCUGUGAAAAAUUACUACCAACUGGUGACACAGCAGCCCUUAGACAGAGAAAAAGCAUCAGAGUACAACAUCACCAUCACAGCCACAGACCAGGGCUCUCCCAGGCUCACUUCAAUAACAAUAAUUAGUGUCCAAAUAUCCGAUGUCAAUGACAAUGCUCCAGUAUUUGAGAAGCCAGCAUAUGAAAUGCAAAUACGAGAAAAUAAUAUUCCAGGUCUGCUGAUAGGAUCGGUGCAUGCUGAUGACCUGGACACAGAGCGGAAUGCCAAAGUGGUGUAUUCACUUCUUCCUGGGAAGGUCAGUGAUCAACCCGUGUCCUCUUAUGUCUCCAUCAACUCUGAAACUGGGAAUCUGUAUGCCAUCCGAUCUCUGGACUAUGAGCAGAUAAAAGAUUUCCUGGUGACUGUGAAGGCUGUGGACAGCGGUUCUCCUCCCCUGAGCUCUGAAGUUAAGAUCCGAGUUGUCAUUGUGGAUGAAAAUGAUAACGCACCAUUCAUCCUGUACCCUCUUCAGAACGGCACUUCCCCAUCCAACGACCUGGUUCCCAGGGGGGCGGAGGCUGGCUACCUGGUCACCAAGGUGGUGGCAGUGGACAGAGAUUCCGGCCAAAACUCUUGGCUUUCCUAUGAGCUCCUGAAGGCCACAGAACCGGGUCUGUUCAGUGUGGGGACCCAGAAUGGAGAAGUGAAAACCAUGAGACCAAUUAACCAACGAGAUACCUUCAAACAGAAACUUAUCAUCGGAGUGAGAGACAAUGGGCACCCUCCCCAGUCCACCUCUGCAACACUAACUAUUCUACUAGUGGAUGGCUUUUCUGACCCUUACAUGAAAAUGGUGGAUAUCCCGAAGGAUGAAGCGGUCAAGGAGGAAGACCGCACCCUGAUUCUGUAUCUGGUCAUAUGCUUGGCUGCCAUUUCAUUCAUUUUUCUGGUGUCUAUAACUGUGUUUAUUGCCAUCAAGAUUCACAAAAGGAGAAAGUUCAUGGAGAGCUCAGCCCUGAAUUUCCCAGGGGGUCCGAAUUUCUCAGAGAACGGUGGAGAUGCUGCUGCUGGAUCCCUUUCCCGGGCUUACAACUAUGAGGUGUUCUUUGCUGGAGGAUCUCUGAGCAGUGAGUUCAAGUUUCUCCGUCCCCUCUUUCCUGUGUUUUCGGUGGAGCCUCCUCAAAAUCAGGGAGUUCAAAGGAUUUCAGCUGCUUCCCAAGAUCUUUCCAAUCAUCAAGCAGAAAAUCAACUCAUAAAUCAGGUGACAAUAUAA